CUCCGCAAUUGGUUUCGUUGCAUUUGUGUUCUCAUUCGGUAACUGCAUACUUUCUGUGUACCUGAUAAAGCUUGGUGAUCUUUGUUGACAUCAUAAUGGCCCUAUCUGCGAUAGGAUUUGAGGGUUAUGAAAAGAGGCUUGAAAUUGUUUUUUUUGAGCCUGGCAUCUUUACUGACCCUGAAGGGAAGGGUCUUCGGGCACUUUCCAAAGACCAGUUGGAUGAGUUUCUGGGUCCAGCUGAGUGCACCAUAGUUUCUUCUUUGUCAAACAAGCUUUUGGAUUCCUAUGUUCUUUCUGAGUCUAGUCUCUUUGUCUAUCCAUACAAGAUCAUUAUCAAAACCUGUGGGACCACAAAGUUGCUUCUUGCUAUCCGUGCUAUUUUGAAGCUUGCCGACAGUCUUUCACUUUCUGUAAAAUCUGUUAGGUACACCCGUGGGAGUUUUAUCUUCCCUGGUGCUCAGUCAUAUCCUCAUAGAAGCUUUUCUGAAGAAGUUGCUAUUCUUGAUGAACACUUUGGAAAGCUUGGUGGUGGUAGCAAAGCUGUUGUAAUGGGCGUAUUGGAUGAACAGAAAUGGCAUGUUUAUUCUGCAACUGCUGAAUCAGUUUUCAUCAACGAUCCUGUUUACACUUUGGAAAUGUGUAUGACUGGCUUAGAUAGCGAAAGAGCUUCUGUUUUUUACAGAGAUAUAACAUCCUCUGCAGCUAUGAUGACUGUUGAUUCUGGCAUAAGAAAGAUACUUCCUAAGUCUGACAUAUGUGAUUUUGAGUUUGAUCCAUGUGGUUAUUCUAUGAAUGCUAUUGAAGGUGCUGCAAUCUCUACUAUUCAUGUUACCCCUGAAGAUGGUUUUAGUUAUGCAAGCUUUGAAGCGAUGGGAUAUGACUUGAAAGAGCUGGAUCUGAAUCAGCUUGUUGAACGUGUGUUGGCAUGUUUCAAGCCGAGGGAUUUUUCUGUUGCUGUGCACGUUGAUGUUGCGGGUCAGUCACUUGAGCAGAUUUGUCUCCUUGAUGUUGAAGGGUACCGUUGUGGAGAGAUGAAUAUUGAAUGGCUUGGAACCGGUGGAUCCAUUCUGUAUCAGAAGUUCAGUGCUGGGAGCUGUGGAUCCCCAAGAUCAACUCUGAAGUGCUGCUGGAAAGAUGAAGAAGAGGAGGAAGAUUAGUUCUUUUUAUUAUGUCUCGUGUUGUUUUCUAGUUAAAUAAAUAGCUCCUCACGCUUGCGUUGUCUUUGUGAGGGCACGUAGUCAGUAA